AUGAGCCAGCAGCAGAAGAAGAAAAAGAAUGUCUCCAUUGCUAUCUUAGUGGCCGACACACCGCCUCCUCCCGUUGUUGCAGUUCGAGGCGACUACACCAAGCUCUACCCACGUUUCCUGCGGGAGUCGCUCAACACAAUCAAGAGACAUCCGUGGCAGCCGCAUGUCGAGCUUCACCUGCGCUGCUACGAUGUGGUCAACAAGAUGGAGUAUCCUGACGAAGGUCAGCUCGGAGACGGAUUGUGGGAUGCUGUAAUGAUCACAGGCAGUGCUUCUUCGGCAUAUCUCGACUUGGAAUGGACUAAGAAGCUGGCAACUUUCCUUCGCUCGACAGCGGAGAACCACCCGCUAGUGCGACUGAUCGGCAUCUGCUACGGUCACCAGAUCCUUGCUCGCGCUUUCGAUGGUGUAGUCGAGGCCAACCCUAAAGGCUGGGAAUUGGGAACCCAUUCUUGCAAGCUCACCGAACAGGGCAGAGAGCUUCUUGGCUAUGACGAGCCAACAGAUGACAAUCAGAUGGCCAUUCAACAAGUGCACAAGGAUCAUGUCGUCGACAUUCCACCCGACUUUGGCGGUGAGAGCUUUGAGAACCUUGCAUCCACCGAAAUCUCGCCCAUCCAAUCCCUCAUCCUCAAAUACCCAACCGAAGCACCACCUCUUGCAUCUACUGCUCAGACAUCAGCUUACAUGGCCUUCGACAUCGAGGACUCAGAAACUGCCUCAUCGGGGCCUCAUCCGUUGCGAUCGUUGCACAUGCUCACCUUCCAAGGUCACCCCGAGUUUGACCGCGAGAUCGUCGAAAACAUCAUCAAGGUGCGAACCGAGAUGGGCAUUGUCACUGGGGAACUCCGUGAGCGUUCUCUCGAGAACGCUAAGAAGCCUCACGAUGGUCUCAAGCUCGGCCGUGCCAUCCUUGCUAUGCUUGGCGUGGAAGAAGCUCGUACUGACUCGGGCGACAGCAUGGUCAACAUCUGA